UCUGGACAGCCUGCCGGCACUGACAGUACUUCUUUACACUCUCUCCCGGCGUGGAUUAUUAUCUGUGUUGUUGUUGUUUUGGAUUUGUAUUUUGGAUGGCACUGUUUAAGGGGAAAAAGAUUCCCACCACUGGGAAAAGUUCAAGAGUUUGUCCUGGAACAGAGUGAGGAGAGGAGGAGGGAAGAUAGCAGCAACUUUCCCCCUCAUCUUAGCCUCCACAGGCGUUUCUUCUGUGGGAGAAUGGGGGCUGGAGCUAUGACCAUCUGUCACAACAAGACAGCGGUGCAGGUUAAAGAAGACAUGAAGAAGAUGGUCCAGAUACCCAUGCUGCGACCCAGGACAGUCAAGCACACCAAGCUGUUUGGAGUGUCCCUGUUUGAGCUGCAGGAGAAGGGCCUGGUGGAGAAUGGUGUGCCUCUGGUGUUGAGGAGGAUGGUGGAGCAUCUCCGCAAGCAUGCCUUGGAUCAGGAGGGUCUGUUCAGAGUCAAUGGGAAUGUGCGUGCCGUGGAGACCCUGAAACAGCGUCUGGAGAGCGGCGAGGAUGUUGACCUUCUCAGUGAAUCUGAUUCAUGUACGGUGGCGAGCUUACUCAAACGGUACCUCAGGGACCUACCAGAGGGUUUGGUAGACUCAGCGGUCCAACAGGCGCUGAUACAUCACUACCAAGAGUGCGGUGAUGAUGUCUCCUGGUCAGACAUGAGAGACCUGCUCCAGCAGCUACCAGACGUCCACCACAGCCUCCUCCGCUACCUCUGUCACUUCCUCACCCUUGUGGAGUGCAACCACAAGGAAAACCGCAUGACUGCCUUCAACCUCGCCACCGUGUUUGGACCCAGUGUCUUCCACGUGGCUCCUGGUUUCGAGGCAAUAAAGGACCAAAAUAUCUGCAACAAGAUCAUGGUCAAGCUCAUCCAGAACUACAGCAGCAUAUUUGAGGCUGACAGAGACAGAGAAGGCAACACAGAAGAACUGUCGACCCUUAUUAUCGUCAAGGAGGCACAGAUGUCAGACGCAGACACAAAGAAAUCACCCAGCCACCCCAGUGCAAAGACACCAACACCAGUUCCCAGGACAAAGGCUGCACAAAAAAAUCCACCACAAUCUGCAGAAGCUCUGAACAAAUCCUCCACUAACACUCCGCAGCCGAGGCCGAGGAAAAGGAAGGUGAGGAAAGGGAAGAGUGACAGCAUGACUCAAGUUCUUCCUCAGCCUCGGCCAUGUCGUUCUGAAAAGUUGCCCAAUGCAAGGCCCCUGUCCAUACCAAUAAUUUUGCCCCUGACCUCCGAGCUGAGGAGCCCCAGUCCAGAGGCGAUGGAGACAGCUCCCAUUCCGCUGGAUCGCCAAGAUACCUCAGACACUGCCUCGCAACUGAGCCACCUCGAUGUCAGCCCUUCUGGCAGCAUGGAGGCCCUCAGCAGCUCCCAAGAAGAAGAGAGGCCAAUAUCUCCUUUCUAUAUGAGUAACCACCUCUCUCCUGUCCACUGCAGACCAGAUGUGGCAAAUUAUCUGGACAGGACGAUACGUUCAGCAGUGGAGCAGCACCUCUUUGACCCUCUAGGGGACCAAAGUUCAACUUCAGAAGACAGUCACUUGACCCCGUGUCCACCAUCUCCAAGUGUAACACCAACUGCCCGACAGAGACGUCGACACCAGAGAGAGCAACAGGAGGAGGGCCAGAGACACAGAGAAAGAAACAGAGCCUCAUCCAUUAGAGCCGACACUAACAAGGAGAACAUCCCGUCGAGCAGUGCAAGCAGUUCAAGCAGCGUGGGUGAGGACACGAGCAGCAGCUUCGACACACAGGGAGGCCAGAGUGGUCACGCUGAGCGGACCCCCAAAGCCAGGAAGUCGAAACACAGCCCGACUCUGGUGCAGCUCACUGACAACCAGGACGCCAGCGCACUCACUGAAUGUGUUGGUGAGAGACCUGCAGCAAACCACAUGGAGGCGUUUCAGAAAGGGAAUGACAUUUCAAGGAAGUACGGCCUUGCUUCUCCUCCACAGACGUUCAGGAUGAAGAUCCAGGAGUCGCCCGUCACUUGUGACACGGGGAGGGUCGGUGGAGGUGGAGGAGAAGUGCGAGGCUCGGACCCGGAUUGCGAGAAGACGAGCUGCGAGGACGUGCCCCGGCUGGACCUGACAGCACUCACCGAGGACAACAACAACUGGGGAGAUUCUCCAUUCUUUAACACUCCCUUCCUUGAUUUCAAACGCAUUUUUUACUCAAGUUGUUGUGAUGAACCAGUCCCGGCGUACUCGUCGCUGCAGAGGGAGAGCAUGGACCGCGAGGAGGCCCGACUGUCCCUUCACGCUGGAGGGAGACUGAUCCGCCAGCUGCUCGAGGAAGACAGCGACCCGAUGCUUUCCCCUCGUUUCUACGCCUUCGGACAGUGCCAGCAGUACCUGGACGACACCGAAGUGCCUCCCUCACCACCAAACGCACACUCAUUUGUCAGUCGCAGACGGAGUUCGUCUCUCGGCUCCUGUGACGAUGAGAAAGAGGAGCUGACAUCCGCCCAGCUUACAAAGAGGAUCCAUAUACUGAAGAAAAAGAUCCACAGGUUCGAGGAGAGGUUUGAAGAGGAGCGGAAAUACAGGCCCUCCCACAGUGACAAAGUUGCAAACCCAGAGGUGCUGAGAUGGGUAAAUGAACUGGCCAAGCUUCGCAAAGAACUAAAAGAACACAAGCUGAUGAAGUCUGAAGAGGACCUGCCGCCUCUGACCCGUCAGCGCAGCAACACGCUGCCCAAAAGCUUCGGCUCUCAGCUGGAGAAGAAACCCCAGCAGGAGAAAGUGGCAAAGCCUCCGGUGGAAAGCACCCUGGAGACGAUUAUGAAGAAGCUGCAGGAGAAGAGGGAGGAGGUGAACCGCCCAGAGGACAUCAAGGAUAUGACACGGGAGCAGAUUGGAGCCGAGAAAAUCGCCCUGCAGAAAUCUCUCCUCUACUACGAGAGCAUACACGGCCGUCCAGUCACCAAGUGCGAGAGGCAAAUCAUGAAACCGCUGUACGACAGAUACCGUCUGGUGAAGCAGAUCCUGUGCAGAGCCUCCACCAUCCCUGUCAUUGGCUCUCCCUCCAGCAAGCGCAGAGGUCCCCUCCUUCAGCCCAUUAUCGAGGGUGAAACCGCACUCUUCUUCGAUGAUAUCAAGGAGGAAGAGGACGGCUCAGAGGACGACGGAGAGUCAAAGACGCAGUUCACCGUGACCGUCCGGCCUGAAAUCAGCGUGCUCGGCUUCCUGGAUCACAUGGACGAGGAAGCGGACGGUUUCAUUUCACCUGUGGACGAACUCUCACCAUCCAAGAACACGACAGACAUGAGGCUGUCCAACCUGCACUCCGCCACCAUGCAGGAACUUGUGGAGCAGCUCCAAGAAGCUCGAGAGGACAAGAAGCGACUUCGUAAGGACCUGAAAGAGUUUGAGGACCAGUUUUUCAGACAAAACGGAAGAAAUGUGCAAAAGGAGGACCGCUCCCCGUUGGCAGCGGAGUACAACGAAUACAAGCAUGUUAAAGCCAAGCUGCGGCUGCUGGAAGUCCUCAUCAGCAAAAGAGACUCGACUAAGAUCAUCUAAGAACAAAUAAAAGACUGAAAAAAGGACCUGGUGUUUCAGUCUGCGGAGACACAGUCAGACACAUCUCACCCUGUCGGAGAAAAGCUCUCCCUUCUCGUUGCCAUCUGUGCCGCUCAUGUUUCUGGCUCGUGGAGAAAAACAGCCCGUUAAUCCGCUCUGUCGGGCACGGCGGGGUUUUCCUCUGGAGCCUCGCGGAGAGCCGGCGACCCACGACUGAUCCGGAGCGACACGAAAUCACCUGAGAAGUUCACGUGAAAACCAAACCUCACCCUUCACAAGAGGACGUUUUUCUCAGUGACUAAGCAAAGACGCACACAAAAUAACCUGAAUCACACUUUUAUUGCUAAUAAUUUAUUUCCUUAUAUUCUUCUGAAUGUUUUUUUUGAACAGAAAAGUUAUUUUUCUCACGCUUUACUGUAGAAGUCUUAAAAGAAAAAAAAAACUAGAAAUGAAAUUAUUGCUAUUUUUAAAAAGAAGGACUUUGCGAUCAAGAAGAUUUAUGUGUAUUUUUUUAAGGGAGACUAUUUGUAUAACUUCAAUCAGCUAAACAGUAUUCACUAAAUGAAUAGCUUAAUCUAUUUCAGUCCUGCCCAUCAUGUAACGUCUGAAAUAAUCUUAAUGUUGCUUCUCUAGAAGUUAAAUCGAGUAUUUGCUCACUAAAAGUUUAAAACAACCCAAAGACGGCAACUCAGAGUACAAACUGCGAACCAAAACAGCUCAUAUCCAAUAAAACAGCUUAUUUUUGUGAUCACUGGUACUUUCUUAAACACUUUGACUGUACAUUUUUUAUUAUGCUCUUUUCCCCUUCAUGUCAAAUAAGCUAUUUCUCGUCUUGAAAUCACUGGUAUGUUUUCGCUCACGCUGAUAAACAUUGACAAGGACGUUUGAGAGUCUGGAGGACAGGACCGGCCGCUGAAAAGCUUGUUUUGUUCCCAGCAGUCUGUGUUUCCUUCUCGUCCUCUCCAGAGCUCUUCUUCUUUCUUUCUUUCUUUUUUGUAAAUAUGGAUCACUGUGUAUGUUUACAUUUCUGUGAGUGAGUACAUUUUUCCUUUCUUUCUUCCAAAAUGGAUGAUUAUCAGUGUGAAUUUUCGUUUUUACUGAAUGUGAACACUGGCAAGGCUUAAUGAAUUUUGAGUGUGUACAUUUUAGUACAUAAAUUGUAUUUGUAUUUUGUAUAUAUUAUGAAUGAAAUCAUAUUUUUACUGAG